AUGGACAGCCAGGUCAAGUUGAAGGGGUACCGCAUCGAGUUGGACGAAGUGGCAAACGCCAUGAUGCUCCAUCCUGAUGUCAUAUCAGCUUGUGUUGUUGUAAAGGACAAGUCCCACCUUGUUGGGUUCUUUACACCUGCCGACGUGUGCAAGACGUCGCUGGAGAAUUUUGCGCUUGGAUUGCUUCCUGCAUAUAUGACUCCCACGAUCUGGAUCGGGUUGGACGUCAUGCCAAUGAAUUCGAAUGGAAAAAUCAAUCGGUCGGCGCUGGAAAUUGCCAACAUCGAGACUGUUCUUCUCCAAUAUGAGACCGACAUCGAACGUUUACUGGCGUCCGUGUGGUCGGAUGUGCUGAGUGUGGACGACAAGGAAAUUGGGCGCAACACGUCUUUCAUUUCCCUGGGGGGCGACUCGAUCUCGGCAAUCCGGGUGUCCGCCAAGAUGAAGCACCUCGGGUGGACUCUGUCAACGGCAAACGUGGUUAAGUUCCCACGACUCGAAGCCAUGGCUCGAGCGGCCGCUGCCCUCGUCGUUACGCAUCGUCCGUCGAAUGUGGUCGUGUCUGGGGACGUUCCACUGACGCCCAUCCAGCACAUGAGCUUCUGCCACCCGUGGCGGAAUGCGCAUCAUUGGAACUUGUCGAUGACAUUGAAAGCCCGCGAGGCUGUCUGCGUUGAAUCGCUCAAAGUGGCCGUUGCCAAACUGGUUGACCACCAUGACAUGCUGCGUGCUCGCUUCGACCAUGACGGAGUUCGAUGGAAACAACACAUCUUGGUCAAAGAUUCCGCUCCGAACGUGAAAGCGGUCCAAAUUGGCCAUGUUGAUGACCUUACCGAAGCUAUUCUCAUCCAGGAGCAGUCCUUAAACUUGACCACCGGUCCUGUGUUUGCCGUCACGUUGCUUGGCACGCCGUUCGGCGACCAGUUCGUCCAAUUUACGUUGCACCACGCUAUCGCUGACAUGGUUUCAUGGCGCAUUCUUGCCAAUGACCUCGAAACCGUGCUCUCGAACGAGUCAUUGGCGACGAAGUCCACGUCGUUCCAAGACUGGUCUGAAGCGAUGACCAAGCAAGCACCGCUGUGGUUGCCUGCGGCAUGGACAGACUACAUGGGGAUGGACGUCGCCCCACCAGCGACAGCCUGUGCUGAUGCAGUGCUCCAUCGUGGACAAGCUGUCCUGCAGACACAAAUCGCCACAAAACUAAGCGCUGCAAACUCGGUCUACGGCACAAACAUUCAAGAGAUGGCGCUGGCUGCACUCACUGGCGCAUUGGCCCAGAUGCGGCAAGUGGACUCGACCCAGUUGCUGCUCAUGAUGGAAGGUCACGGUCGAGAGCCUUGGAACGCCUCCUUGGAUGUGUCGUCGACAGUCGGUUGGUUUACUUGCGAGUACCCUGUCGUGUUUACUGCGACGUCGAGUUUGUCGAACCUGCUCCGCGACGUGAAGCAAACUCUUCGCGCCGUGCCAGACAAGGGGUUGUCGUAUGAAGCAAUCAAGUACCUUGUGCCUCCGUCCCCAGAGAACACAGCUAUCCAAAAUCAUCGUCGACACAAUCUCGCUUUCAACUACCUUGGUCGAUUCCAGGAAAUGCAGGCCAAGGACGGUUUGUUUGAAGUGUACAACGGCUUGAACAUCCCCCAGACAGACCCACUCGAAACUAACUUUACGCCUGGCAGCAUCUCCCUUCACCACCACGAAGACAGUCUGGUCCUGACGAUGGACGUCCCCGACUGGUUGUUUAGAUGUGAUCAAGUCGGCAUGUGGUGCGACCUUUGGUGUGUUUGGAUGGAAAAGUUGGUGGCUCACUGCUUGGAUCCAGCAACCAUCGGCGGGCGAACGCUGUCGGACGUUCCUCUACUCAAGACGUCGACUGCAGUGCAAGCCGCGGAACGCACCAUCCUGUCGACGCUCCACCUGCGACCGCUCGACGUCGUGGACAUGUACCCCGUCACGUCUUUGCAAGCAGGGCUUCUGACUGCCAUGAUCCAAGACCCAUCGGAAUAUGUCCUGCAGACGGUGCUUCGAAUCGACAGAGUAUGUGAAUUUGGCCGCCUUCGAUCGAGUUGGAGGGACUUGGUAGCCACGACGCCAUUUCUGUCGACGGUAUUUGGAUCGACUGUACACGGACUCUUUCAGACUAUUCCAAAAGACGACUGGACCACGUGGACAGUUCACGACCGCGUGCUGUCCAAAUCCGAGUGGUCCGCCUUCCUGGCAUCGUACAUGCGCCAAGAUAGACUUGACGGGUUUUCAUUGGCGUCCAAAUCCUUCCAUCGAUUCUACUGCGCUGCUCUCGAUGACGGAAGCUUGCGAGUGGUGUGGACAACGCACCACGCUGUAAUGGACGGGUGGUCUUUGCCUUUGGUCAUGGACAAGUGGCAUGCACUUCUAAAUGGACGAGCUCCUGGCCCUCCAUCUAAACCGUUCCGCGAUCACGUGGAAUGGCUCGAUCAACAAGACAUGGAAUUGUGUCAAACGUUUUGGCAGGCCGCACUAGCCAACGCCGACAAGACACAGCUCCUAGCGCUCCCCAAGCCAGAUGCCACCGUCUCUGAGCUCAAGUACCGAGACAUUCAACGAUCGAUUGAUCUAGUUCACUUGAGGCAGCUUUGCAAGACCCAAAGUGUGACACCAAGCACUGUCUUUCGAGCUGCUUGGGCCAUACUCCUACAUGUGUACACUCGCAGCGAGUUCGUUAUGUUCGGCGCCGUCAUGUCAGGACGGGACAACGGCGAGCCGGAUGUGGAGAGCAUGAUUGGGAUGCUUAUCAACACCGUGCCCGUCCUCACGCAGGUCUCGCCACGCACGACCGUGGCAGAAUUCCUGAGUACCAUGCAAACGUACUCGACGGACGUUGUCAGCCAUGCCCAUGCAAGCCUCAUGGACAUCAAGCGCUGGACGGCCAUACACCGCAUCUUGUUUGACACUGUCGUGGCAUUUGAAAACUACCCCCAAGCUGCGCUCGAUCCUUCUAAAGUCAACUCCGCAUCCAUUGCGAUCGAGUCAAAACACGAAUAUGCCGACACCACACUUGGUAUUGCGAUCUCGCCCCUUUCCGAGGACAAAUUCCACCUCUUCAUGACCUACAAUUCGUCGCAAUCCAGGCGAUCUCGGACCCGCGCAAUACCACUGGAACUUUGA